UACGCUACUGCUCGUGCAUUACCUGACCCGUGAUUAGGGUUUCUCUUUCUCUCUCGGCUAAGGCGUUCACUACGUUCUGAAGCUUUCGAAUUCACUUAUUUUUUUUUGUCUUUGUCGCAGCUUUAAGGCAUCUGUACCGAAGCUUUACACUAUGUACGGAUCAAGAGGGGCCAUGUUGGGGAGCGGGGGGGUUUCGGACGGGUACGAGAUCGGCUCAAAGAGACCAAGAAUGAUGGAAUCAAAUCCCUACUUUGCAGUGAGCAGCGGUUCAAGUGGUUAUCGUCAAGCUUACAGCUAUGGAAGUGGAUAUCCGCCCUCAGCAUUUCCUGUGGUUCGUCUGAGGGGCCUUCCUUUCAAUUGUGCAGAAUUUGACAUUUAUAAGUUCUUCGCUGGUCUUGACAUUGUGGAUGUCUUCCUGGUCAACAAGAAUGGACGGUUUUCUGGGGAGGCUUUUGUUGUCUUUGCUGGACACAUGCAAGCUGAGCAUGCCCUUCAGAGAGAUCGUCAGAACAUGGGGAGGAGGUAUGUUGAAGUUUUCAGGUGCAAGAAACAGGAUUACUAUCAAGCUAUAUCUGCUGAGGUGAAGGACACAGGUGUUGAAUAUGAUUACCACGGUUCUUCCCCUCCACAUCGACCUAAGAGGACCCAGAACAAGGAUCAGAUGGAGUAUACUGAGAUAUUGAAGUUGCGUGGGCUUCCAUUCUCUGUAAAGAAAUCAGAUAUUAUCAAGUUUUUCGGUGGGGAUUUCGAUUUGAAAGACGACAAAGUUCACCUUGCAUACCGACCUGAUGGGAAGGCUACUGGAGAGGCAUAUGUAGAAUUUCCCUCAUCUGAGGAGGCCAAGAAUGCCAUGUGCAAGGACAAUAUGAUGAUCGGAUCAAGAUACAUCGAGCUAUUUCCUUCAAGUCAGGAUGAAGCAAGGAGAGCUGAGUCCAGGUAUAGACAGUAAUGCCGAGGUCUCUCGAUGGAGUAAUAUGAAACCUUUAUAUUGCUCAAAGCCAUUUAGUGCUUUCUUUUUGGGGCUGACCUUCCAGCAUUUGUUAAAAAUUUACCAUUCCCAUGUUUAGUGGAUUUUAUUACUGUAUUUCCUAAAGACAAGUGUAGUAUUUAUAGAAAAUUCAGUGAACUCCUGGAUGUGUAGGUUUUGUUAAGUUGCUGCAGCUUUGCUGUGUUUCUCCACUUUAAUUUUUAUCCAUUGGCAUCCUUUCUUCCCUGUCAA